AUGACGGAAAACGAAGCAGAGCCCAACCAAGACUAUGAUCUCGACACCCCCGUCAAUUCAACCUCAGGACUCCGCCAGGGCCUAACCUCCUAUGGCGACGCGCACUUUUCCCUCUUUCUACGCAAAGUUUUCAUCAAAGCACUUGGUUACUCCGAAGAUUCCCUCUCAAGACCCAUCAUCGGCAUUAUCAACACAUUCUCGGGUUUUAAUCCAUGUCAUGCCAAUGUACCGCAGCUCAUCGAGGCCGCUAAGCGCGGCGUGCAGCUUAAUGGAGGGCUGGCAAUUGAAUUUCCUACCAUCAGUGUUGCGGAGUCAUUCUCGCAUCCGACUAGUAUGUUUCUGCGGAAUCUGAUGAGUAUGGACACGGAGGAGAUGAUUAAGGCGCAACCGUUGGAUGCUUGUAUCAUGAUUGGAGGAUGUGACAAGACGGUUCCUGCGCAGCUCAUGGGUGGAAUCUCUGCCAACAAACCUAUCCUUCCUUUGAUUACGGGUCCUAUGCUUCCGGGUAGUCAUCGUGGGAAAAGAAUUGGUGCCUGCACUGACUGUCGUAACAAUUGGGCUGCUUUUAGAGCCGGUGAGAUUGAUGUUGAAGAGAUCUCGGCUAUUAAUGAAGAGCUUGCUCCCACGAUUGGAACAUGCGGUGUCAUGGGAACAGCGAGCACUAUGGCCUGCAUAACUGCAGCGCUAGGAAUGAUGCCUCUCCGAGGUGCAUCUGCCCCGGCAGUAUCAUCUGCUCGACUACGAAUUGCCGAAGAGACUGGUGCAAACGCAGUAGCAGUAGCCAAAGCGGCAAGAAAGCCACAGGAAAUUCUGAGCAAGGAAUCCUUCUUGAAUGCCAUCACGGUGCUCCAGGCCAUUGGCGGGUCCACAAACGCAGUGGUUCACCUGUUAGCUAUUGCCAACCGACACCCCGAUCUCCAAGGCGUGAUCACCUUGCAGACAUUCGAAGAGAUCGGAAAGAAGACCCCGCUUUUGGUUGAUCUCAAGCCCAGCGGAGAUAAUUAUAUGAAUGAUUUCCACAACGCCGGUGGCAUGUUGGCGCUACUGCAAGUUCUUCGACCGCUGCUUCAUUUGUCCGCUAAGACAAUUAGCGGCCAGACACUGGGCGAGGUUUUGGAUGCGUCCAAAUCGAAGCUCUCCUUCGCACAGGACAUUAUUCGACCACUUUCGAACCCUCUUCACUCGUCGUCUUCUCUGGCUAUUCUUCAUGGCAACCUCGCGCCAAAUGGAGCGGUUCUCAAAGCAUCUGCUUCUAAGGAUCGGUCUCUCCUCUCACACACCGGGCCGGCUGUUGUCUUCGAAAAUUCCGCAGACCUAGCUCUGCGGAUCGACGACCCGGAUCUUCCUGUAACAAGGGACAGCGUGUUGGUGCUCAAGGGAAUCGGCCCAAUCGGGAACCCAGGGAUGCCAGAAGCAGGUUUGAUUCCGAUUCCCAAAAAGCUAGCUGCUGCUGGUGUCAAGGAUAUGCUGCGACUAUCGGAUGGUCGGAUGUCAGGUACUGCAGGAGGUACCAUUAUACUGCACAUCUCACCGGAGUCGGCUGUACCCAAUUCUCCCUUCGGGGUUGUUGAGACGGGCGACUUGAUCAUCUGCGAUAUUGAAACCCGCAGGCUUCAUCUUGACAUCUCGGAUGAUGUAUUGCAAGCUCGUAUCUCACAGAGAAAGCAAACUUUAGAGGGUGAGAGUGGUCCAGUGCAGGCGAGGAAGCAGCGAAGAGGAUAUCGCGGGUUGUACGAGCGACCCCCGGGCCCGACAGUAUUGGCAUACACCCCCGACGGCCGACGAGUCAUUACCGGCGGAUCAAAUCAGGCUAUUCGUAUCUACACGGUCGGCGAGGAUGGCGAACCGAAAACAGUGGACGGAGCCAUUGAUGGGCACUGUGCAAUUGGCGCCACGAAUAAAUGCUUUCUCAUGGGCGCGGAAGACGGAACUGUCUGGCAGUACGACGCCGUGACUGGUCAGCAGGGCCUCUUGCUUCUGCGAUGUGCAUUACCUAUUCGAGAUAUUGCGGUGUCUAGAGAUGGAGAGUGGGCUGCAGUGGCCAGCGACGAGCUUACAGUCAAAAUUGUCAAGAUUGAGGACAUGACGCAGACGAAAUAUCUCCGAGAACAAGAGAAAGGAGCAAAGCAUGUCGCCUUCGAUCCCAAUGGCCGCUAUGUGGCCGUCUCCGACAUCAACGGCAAACUCUACAUUUAUUCGCUGAACGAAGAAGAGCCGGAAUUGGUACGCAAACUGGAUGGUGUCAUUCAGGCACUCGAGCCGGAAAAGGAGGCGACAUCCAAAGCUGUUUGGCACCCCGACGGCACGGCGUUUGCGGUGGCAGAAGCAACCAGGGAUAUCUCCAUCUACUCGAUUUCGGAGUGGAAGAAGGAGAAGACCUUUACUGGAGGACACACGGGCGACAUCACUGCGCUGAGCUGGUCUCCAAAUGGAACGCUGCUGGCAUCCGCAGGCGCCGAUGGGCGGAUUGUGCUUUGGGAAACCAAGACACAAAAGAUCCUACAGCACUUCGACUUUGCCAACGUCAUCAACAUCGCGUGGCACCCAACCAAGAACUCCCUGUCAUUCACCAACUCGGAUGGAGAGCUGUUCAUUUACGACAACUUCGUCCCCAAGGACCAGGAGGCUCAGCUCGCAAAGCCCCUGCAGGCUGCUCCCAUCUUCGCCGGUCCCUUGACCGAGAUCUCCAACAACGCUAGACAGACAUUGGCGGAUCGAUCUCGGGAUGCAGUCAAACGUGCGGCACGAGCUGGCACACCCGACUCCUUGGAUGAUAUUCUGGGCGAAGAUGAGGAGAUGGCUGACUUUGUUGACGAUGACGAUGGAGCUGGAUAUGCCGAGGAGCUCAAUGCAUUCGGCAAGCGGCCCAAUGGCCACCUGGAUGCUAUCGAUGGCCCCGAAAGCAAGCGAGUCUUCCCUGGCUCUGUCCAGGUCAAGGCUCACCCGCCUCUCCAGCCCGGCAGUACGCCCUGGGCAGGCAAUCGACGAUAUCUUUGCUUGAACUUGACUGGUGCUGUCUGGACUGUUGACCAGGAGACACAUCAUACCGUGACUGUAGAAUUUUACGACCGAGAGGCUCACAGGGACUUCCAUUUCACGGACCCAUAUCAAUAUGACAAGGCCUGCCUUAACGAAAACGGUACCCUUUUCUCCAACAACCCCGAAGAUGGUCCUGCUUCAAUCUUCUACCGACCACACGAGACAUGGACUACGCGAGCGGACUGGCGGACCACCUUGCCAGAAGGAGAGACGGUUCGAGCUCUGGCACUCAGCGAAUCUUACAUAGUCGCUAUCACAUCAAAGGACUAUGUGCGGGUCUAUACACUCUUUGGAACACCUUUCCGAGUGUACCGUCAAAAAAGCCAGGCCGUGACAUGCUCUGCUUGGCGGGAUUAUAUCAUGACCAUUGGUAAUGGCCCUGUUUCAGCUGAUGGCCGUCAGACCACAUUGCAUUACACAGUUGAGAAUGUCAAGCGUGAUGAGAUCUGCCAAAAUGAAGAUGUGGUCGCUCUUUCAUCGGGAGCUCAACUUCAAAGUGUGUUCUUCUCUGACAUGGGAGACCCUUGCAUCUACGACACAACCGGUACCCUUUUGGUGCUGCAGCACUGGCGCACGACUGGUCAGGCACGGUGGGUGCCUCUCCUGGACACAAAGCAACUCGCCCGUCUUGCUGGUGGUCGCAAAGAAGAGACAUACUGGCCCGUGGCUGUUGCUCAGGAUAAAUUCCACUGCAUCAUUCUCAAGGGUGGUGACAAGAACCCAUACUUCCCCCGGCCGCUGCUCAGCGAGUUCGAUUUCCAGCUCCCUAUCUCCAGCAAACCGGUGAAUGACUCCAACGAUGAAGAUGCGGCUGCUGGUAACGAAGUCUCGCGUUUCGAAGAAACAUUCGUGCGCGGCAGCGUUCUUCUGUCACUCUUCCGCGACCUGCUGUCUUCGACCAAUGCAACCUCAUCUCAACGAACCGAGUUGGCGCGCAAGGAGCUGGAUAUUGACAAGACGCUGCUGCAGAUGCUGGCCAUUGAAUGCAGAGAAGGCGAAGACCGGGGCAUGAAGGCAUUGGAACUUGUGAACCUGAUGACCGACCGUAAUGGCAAGAUGAUUGAGGCUGCGGCCAAGGUCGCCCAACGCUAUGGACGUGGCGUGUUGGAAGACAAGAUCCGGGAUCUGGCCGAGCGACGAGUGAUGGGCAUGGGUGAUGAUGACGAACUGGCUUGA